UCGCACCCCCGCAAUCGUCGCACGACGAUUUCUAGACGGAUAUAAGCGGAAACCCACCCUCUUCCCUCGUGCCACACGAUAAUAAAUCAUGAGCUCAGGUAGACCAAUAAAAUGUGUAGUGGUAGGAGAUGGAACAGUAGGAAAGACCUGUAUGUUGAUAUCGUAUACGACAGACAGUUUUCCUGGAGAGUAUGUACCUACAGUGUUUGACAACUAUUCUGCACCAAUGGUUGUCGAUGGUAUUCCAGUUAGUUUAGGGCUAUGGGACACAGCAGGGCAAGAAGACUAUGACAGAUUGCGUCCUCUCUCCUAUCCUCAGACAGAUGUAUUUCUCAUUUGUUUCUCAGUAACGAGCCCUUCAUCAUUCGAAAAUGUUACCAGUAAAUGGUACCCUGAAAUAAAACACCACUGCCCAGAUGCACCAAUGAUACUCGUUGGAACUAAAAUAGACUUACGAGAUGACCGUGAAACGCUUACUGCCUUAGCUGAACAGGGCCUUAGUGCUAUUAAGCGUGAGCAAGGACAGAAGUUGGCAAAUAAGAUUCGUGCAGUAAAAUAUAUGGAGUGUUCUGCGCUCACGCAGCGUGGACUGAAGCAGGUAUUUGACGAGGCAGUACGUGCCGUUUUAAGACCUGAACCGCAAAAACGUCGACAAAGAAGAUGCAUUAUGUUAUAAACGACGGAAGGAAUUGAAGGGAUUCAUAGGUAUACACGUAUAAUAAAGCAACAGAUCAAAAUGAAUUUGAUCAUGCAAAGAAAAAAUAUGAAUGUUUUAAAGAGAAGAUGAAUAGUACAUGCAUUUUAUCGAAUUAUUCUCUGGCAGCUAUAAAAUAUUAUCAUAUUACGGAAAGAGUACAAUUUAAAACUUACUGGUCUCAAUGUGAGUCGUGAUGUUACUUCAUGACCAGAAAGUUUAGACAACGAGAAAGUAAGAAGAAAAAAGAAGGAUAGAAUAAAUACUUAGCAGCAUUUGCAGGGGAGGAAGUUUACAAGUUACAAGCUUGCAGAUGUCUUUCUUUAAACUUGCAUUUACAUAUAUUUGCAUAAUGAUAAAAAGAAUAUGUGACCAUAGUAACGUACAGUCAAUAGUUUAGUGGAAAACCGCUCAUAACAUUUUUUUUUUCUAUAAGAGAAUUUCUGUUAAUAUUGCAGUCCUGCAAAUCGAAUACAGUGUAAAUGUGCUGUGAUGAUUAAAAGCAUUAAGUACCGAAGCUUUACUUAUUAGGGCUGCCAGAUUUUUGACUUUUUUACAUUUACAAUAGGAACAUUGAUUUUAGUACAUAUGAAUCGAGGUAGCUGUCAUAACAAUCAUAUGCUGAAAAGUUUUACGAGAUGUAAAACUAGCAUUGUAGAAUCAUUUAAAUAUGCAGUGCCAUAGCAACAAAAAAUCAAAUUUUACAAGCACUUUUAAUCAAUCAGUUUUAAACAAUAUAUAUAUUUUACUAACAAAUACAGAUAUUUAAAAAAAAAAUUAGAAAAAUUGGAAUGUGUAAUGAUUCUUUAGAAGCAGCAUAUUUGUCUUUCCAUUUUCGGGCAUUUUUAUUUUUAUUAAUACUUCCAAUAAGAAAUGUAUGGUAUGCAUACAGAAUACUGCCAUAAACUAACACGAAAAUUUCAUAGUAUUCCUAAUAUUAUUAGAGAAAGAAAAAUCGAUAAUCUUAUGUAAUAAUUACACAAUUGAAUUUGAUAGCGAUGCACACGAAACAUUUGUUAUUUAGAAUUGUAACAUGUCUGUGUGUUAAAAAGAGUAAUAAACCGUUGUAACGGAUGUAACGAAGUAGUGCAGCGAAAAACCAGGAUUUGAAAAAAUUAAAUCGUUUGAUGUUUGCCCUAUAUUACUAAAAAAUCUGAUUGACUUUGAUCUUUGACCCUUUUAUGGACUCAUAUUUUGCCUCGGUGGAGCUAAAAUUCUUUGUAUCAGGUAUCUAUUGCCGAAAAUGAAGUUUGAACAAGUUAAGCUAUUUUUUAGAAAUUUUGCAGACAGACGAAGGGAUAGAUGGAUAGACGGUCGGACUAACACUUUGAAAUUAUAAAGUAGUCACGCUGCGCUACCUAAAAUGUAUUGCGUAUGUGUAUUAAUAUUUAUUUCAUUUUGAUAAAU